UGUUUUUGGAGGAUAUUACUGUGACUCAAUGGAGACAUUGAAUAUAAAACAGUUACCUUUAACAUGGAGAAAAUUUCGUACAAACCUUUUUUAUGAAUAUAGUGGUCAUCAAACUGUUGUUUGUAAACAACAAAUCUUUCUCAUUGGAGGACGAAUAUCCGUUGAAAAUGUUUGUGAUGAAGAACCAUCAGAUUUGAUCAGUGAAAUAAAGAUUACAGGUACAAAAUAUUAUGUUUUGAAAGAGUUGUGUCAUAUGCCUGAACCACGUAGGAACCAUGGAGCUGUUGUUGUUGAUGACAAAGUUCUUAUUUUUGGAGGAUUGGGAAAAGAUGUCAAAGUUUUGUCCAGUGUUUUGGAGUUUGAUCCAAUGACUCUUACUUUUAAGGAAAUGCCCCCAUUACCUCAUACAUUGUAUGGAAUGGCAACAGUUCAAUGGAGAGAUCAAGUUGUUCUUCUUGGAGGUUAUGAUGGAAGAGAAAAGUUGAACAGUGUUAACAUUUAUGACAUCAAAAAAGUAGAGUGUUUCGAAAUGGGAAGUAGUUCUUCAUGGACAUAUCUUCCUUCAACGAAUGAACCACGAAGUAGAGGUAUUGCUGAAGUUUUACCUUUUGAACAAAAGUAUGUGUAAGACACGAAAUUUUAUUAAGUUAUGGAACGUUAUAACUCAUCAAUGUUCAUUUGGACUACAUUGGAUGAUAAAUUUGUAAAAUUUAAAAUGUAUAGUUCAAAAGCUCAUAUAAUCAUUUACAAUUUUGACAAAUUUCUGAAAUAGAUGAAUGUCUUUUGUAUAUAAAUAAGUUUGUUUUUUAAAGGAUAGUUUACACCUAUUUUCUUGUCCUUGUUUAAUUGCAGUUUAUUGACCAAUAAAAUACAAGUUUUCCAUGGUAAAAA